CUUCCCUUAUUUACUUAAACAUAUCUUUGUCUUUUUAUGCCGAGACACCUCCGUGGUAUCCAACUUAAGUUUUCAGCCGGGUUAUUUUUCGGCCAGGCGGAGUACUCUAACCACCUCUGUCUUCUGUGGAUAACUAUAUCAACUCACGCAUCACAAAUAUAAAUAUUUCAAAUAACAUACAUUUAUAAGUUUAAAAAAAACACCAUAAGUUAAUAAGUGUAAAGUGCAUUUCAAAAGUAUAAAUUUAAAAUUAAUAUCUAAGUAAAAUUGUGUCAGUGCUCAAGUGAAAUUUUACUCCAAUAAAAAAAUCAUUUUUUUUUUAAAUCUAGAUAGAGAGAUAUAAGAGAGAGAAGAAUAAAUUGUUUAUGAUAACGCAUGCGCAGCUUCCUAGAAGGGGUUGAAUUCCACAGAAGACUAACACUAGCUUUUUCAUCCCUCCAACCAGACGUUUGUUGAUUGUUGAACAGGGUUGCUAUCAUAUCAGAAAAUUCCGUAAUAGUCAGUCGUCGAACGGACGUUUGGACGUUAAGAUCUGGUACACCGCCUGCAGAAUCUGCUGGUAGUGUAACACAAAAACAUGCAGACACGCGGUUGGUUUACGUGACUUAUGAUUAUUAAGUGUGUUAAAUAAAAUUGGAUUAUCGCAACGAUAUAUAACAUUGAUAGUCGUCGUGGAGGGAGACAAAGACUUAAGGAAACGUCAUCAGAGUCAGACCUACUCUCUGAUCUCUAUAAAAUACACGAGGUCUGAGGAUGGCUGACAGCGAGGGUGGAUCCGAACAGGAUGAUGUUUCAUUCCUUCGUACGGAGGAUAUGGUAUGUUUAUCCUGUACAGCUACAGGAGAAAGAGUUUGUCUUGCAGCUGAAGGAUUUGGUAAUCGACAUUGUUUUCUAGAAAAUAUUGCAGACAAGAAUGUACCACCAGAUCUUUCGCAAUGUGUCUUUGUAAUAGAACAAGCUCUCUCCGUACGAGCUUUACAAGAAUUAGUCACAGCAGCUGGUUCAGAGACGCAACAAGACACCCUUGGUAAAGGUACAGGAUCAGGACAUCGUACAUUACUUUACGGAAAUGCAAUUUUACUCAGGCAUCAAAACAGUGACAUGUACCUCGCCUGUCUGUCAACAAGUUCAUCCAAUGACAAAUUGUCGUUUGAUGUUGGUCUACAAGAGCACUCUCAAGGAGAGGCUUGUUGGUGGACAGUACAUCCAGCAUCAAAACAAAGAUCCGAGGGUGAAAAAGUUCGUGUUGGUGACGACCUUAUUCUUGUUUCCGUUGCUACUGAAAGAUAUUUGCAUACAACAAAAGAAAAUAAUUUAUCAGUGGUAAAUGCAUCAUUUCACGUGACACAUUGGUCAGUUCAACCCUACGGAACUGGAAUCAGUAGAAUGAAAUACGUUGGUUACGUAUUCGGUGGUGACGUUCUUAGAUUUUUUCACGGAGGUGAUGAAUGCUUGACAAUUCCAUCUACUUGGAGUACUUCACCUGGUCAAAACCUUGUUAUUUACGAAGGAGGUAGUGUUAUGAGUCAAGCACGAUCGCUAUGGCGUUUAGAAUUAGCACGUACCAAAUGGGCCGGUGGUUUUAUCAAUUGGUUACAUCCAAUGCGAAUAAGACAUCUAACAACAGGACGUUAUCUUGGUGUUAAAGAGAAUAACGAACUCUACCUAGUCGAUAGAAAUGAAGGUACAAUUGAAACUUCGACCUUCUGGCUACGUCAGGAGAAGGACGAUCAAAAAAUAGUCCUCGAGGAUAAGGAUCUUGAGGUCAUUGGUUUGCCAAUAAUUAAAUAUGGUGAUUCAACAGUUAUCAUGCAGCAUGCUACAACAUGUCUUUGGGUUUCUUAUAAGUCUUACGAGACUAAGAAGAAAGGUGUGGGUAAAGUGGAAGAAAAGCAAGCAGUUUUACAUGAGGAAGGUAAGAUGGACGACGGUUUAGACUUCUCAAGGUCUCAAGAAGAAGAAUCGCGUACGGCGAGGGUCAUUCGUAAAUGCAGUAGCCUUUUUACUCAAUUUAUCACAGGCCUAGAAACGUUACAGGUUGACAGAAGGGCUUCAAUGUUUUUUCAAAAUGUCAAUCUUAAUGAAAUGGUCAUGUGUUUAGAGGAUUUGAUUAAUUAUUUCGCUCAGCCUGAAGAUGAUAUGGAGCAUGAGGAAAAACAAAAUAGAUUUCGCGCUCUACGAAAUCGACAGGAUUUAUUCCAAGAGGAAGGAAUUUUAAAUUUGAUAUUGGAAGCUAUUGACAAAAUAAAUGUCAUAACAUCUCAGGGAUUUUUGGUCGCUUUAUUUGGUGACGAAAGUGGACAGGCAUGGGAUCAGAUAUCGGGAUAUUUGUAUCAAUUAUUAGCAGCAAUAAUAAAAGGAAAUCAUACAAAUUGUGCUCAGUUCGCUAAUAGCAAUCGUUUGAACUGGUUGUUUAGUCGUUUGGGGUCACAAGCAUCUAGUGAAGGUACUGGAAUGCUUGAUGUACUCCAUUGUGUUCUAAUCGACUCACCGGAAGCGCUAAAUAUGAUGAGGGACGAGCACAUAAAAGUUAUUAUAUCUCUUUUGGAAAAACACGGACGUGAUCCAAAAGUUCUUGACGUUCUCUGCUCACUCUGUGUCGGUAAUGGCGUAGCAGUAAGAUCGUCACAGAAUAAUAUAUGUGAUUUUUUACUUCCUGGUAAAAAUUUACUUCUGCAAACCCAAUUAGUCGAUCAUGUAGCAAGUGUACGGCCAAAUAUUUUUGUCGGUCGUGUUGAAGGUUCAGCAGUUUACCAAAAAUGGUAUUUCGAAGUUACAGUUGAUCAUAUUGAGCAGACAACGCACAUGAUGCCGCACUUGAGGAUCGGAUGGGCCAACACAUCCGGAUACGUUCCAUAUCCUGGGGGCGGUGAGAAAUGGGGUGGGAAUGGCGUCGGGGAUGAUUUAUAUUCAUUUGGAUUUGACGGUGCAUUUCUGUGGACCGGAGGUAGAAAGACACCAGUACUAAACAAUGCAACUGAACCGUAUAUCAGAAAAGGUGACGUUGUUGGAUGUGCGCUAGAUCUAACUGUUCCUGUUAUAACAUUUACAUUCAAUGGAUCAAAUAUAUCUGGAUCAUUUAGAAAUUUCAAUUUAGAUGGAAUGUUUUUUCCUGUAAUAAGUUGCUCGUCAAAAUUAUCAUGUCGUUUUUUGCUGGGUGGUGAUCAAGGCAGAAUGAAAUUCCAACCACCAGAUGAAUUUUCACCGCUCGUUGAAAGUUUGUUACCCCAGCAAAUACUAUCACUGGACCCGUGUUAUUACUUUGGUAAUAUGAAUAAAGUUGUUUUGGCUGGGCCAUGGUCAGUUGAGGAUGACACGGCAUUUGUACCAGCGCCUGUGGAUACGAGUAUGAUUAAUUUGCCGGCUUAUGUUGAACAAAUACGUGACAAGCUGGCUGAAAAUAUUCACGAGAUGUGGGCGAUGAAUAAAAUUGAAGCAGGCUGGAUUUUCGGUGAACAACGCGAUGACAUGAGAAAAAUACAUCCGUGCAUUGUACAAUUUGAAAAACUACCGGCUGCUGAAAAACGUUACGACACACAAUUGGCUGUACAGACACUGAAAACUAUUCUAGCUCUUGGUUAUUACAUCACUGUGGACAAACCUGAACAACGUAUUAAAACACUGAGGCUACCGAACGAACCGUUUCUGCAGAGCAGCGGUUAUAAACCUGCACCACUGGAUUUAAGUGCUAUUACAUUGACACCGAAAAUGGAAGAGUUAGUUGAUCAAUUGGCAGAAAACACCCACAAUUUGUGGGCCAAAGAGAGAAUUAGUCAGGGAUGGACUUACGGGCUUAAUGAAGACUCGGAAAUGAGACGUAGUCCACAUUUAGUGCCUUAUCCUAAAGUUGAUGAAGCUAUUAAAAAAGCUAAUAGAGAUACUGCUAGUGAAACUGUUAGAACGCUUUUAGUUUAUGGAUAUAUGUUAGAUCCACCGACUGGUGAACAGCAUGAAGCAUUAUUGUUAGAAGCAAGUAGACUACGUCAAUUGUGCUUCAGAACGUACAGAGUAGAAAAACAUUACGCAGUAACCAGUGGGAAAUGGUAUUUUGAAUUCGAAGUAUUAACCGCAGGACCAAUGCGAGUCGGAUGGGCAAAAGCCGACUGCAUGCCAGGAAAUAUGCUUGGAAGUGACGACCACACAUGGGCAUUUGAUGGGUACAACGUGACCAAAAUACACGGCGGUAGCGGCGAUUCUUUUGGUUACAAAUACCAAGUGGGUGACGUAGUUGGCUGUUUCAUUGACAUCACGGACAGAACGAUCAGCUUCUCAUUGAAUGGAGAACUUCUUAUGGAUGCACUGGGUGGUGAAACAUCAUUUGCAGACGUUCAAGGUGACUCUUUUGUACCGGCUUUUACACUUGGUGUUGGACAAAAAGCUAAAUUAACAUUUGGGCAGGAUGUUAAUACUUUGAGAUACUUUACAACGUGUGGUCUUCAAGAAGGAUAUGAACCUUUUUGUGUAAAUAUGAAUCGAGCAGUAACAUACUGGUACACAAAAGAUCAACCGAUUUUUGAAAACACUGAUGACAUGAUUGAUACACGAAUUGACGUCGCGAGAAUACCUGCUGGCUCUGACAGUCCACCGUGUCUUAAAAUAUCACACAAUACAUUUGAAACAAUGGAAAAAGCUAAUUGGGAAUUCCUUCGUCUAUCUUUGCCCGUUAUUUGUCAAUCAUCUUUUAUAACGGAGAAUGAAAAAAUGCGACGAUGGCAAGAAAUUAAAAUGCGCCAAAAUAGAUUGUUGAUUGAACAAAAUGAACAAUCACAAGCAGCCACACCAUCAGCUCACAUGGAACAGAUUAUGAGGUCUGGAUUUAGUAUGAGUGACAUUAAAGGAUUACAAAGAAAUUAUUCUGAAGAUGCGGUUGAAGAUGCUGAAAUGAUGAAGGAAUCACCUCUACCACAAAGAAGUAAACCUGCAAGACCACCGAGAAAAAAUUCUCUCUACGAAUCUCAUAAUUUAAAUCACGACGGCGGUAAUGAAGCUGAGAUGAACGGAUUCGAAGAAAUGAAUGGAGACGCUAAAGAUGAUAAGAAAUUGAAACGCGGCAGAUCACCAUUUAGUACGCUCAAAGAAGAAGUGGAAGAGAUUCCAUUUUUUUCACGUAAAGCAAAAUCUCCUGAUGCAAAAUCAAGAACACCAGAGCCAGCUGCGUUACUUGAUAUGGCUGAUAAAACUGGAACAGGUGUUUCAACAUCAAGGCUUUCAAACAAAACGCCUCAAAUCCGCGUAUCAACGACUGAUUUGAAAGUUAUUCCACCGCAAAUCCCUGAACGCAAUGCGCCAAAAGCAAUGUCAGUAAACUUAACUGGAAGUGGAGUAGAAGCAAUUGGAAAUGAAAUUUUCGACGCCGAGUGUUUGAAAUUAAUGAAUGAAUACUUUUACGGAGUAAGAAUAUUUCCUGGACAAGAUCCAACUCAUGUUUACGUCGGUUGGGUAACAUCUCAGUAUCAUCUUCACACUAAAGACUUCAAUCUUUCACGUGUUAGAAAAUCGUCAGUUGUUAUUGUUGAUGAAUACGAGCGUCCUAUCGAACAAGUGGACAGACAGAGUUGUUACAUGGUCCGCGCAGACGAACUUUACAACGAAGUAACUCAAGAUGCCUCAGGAAAAGGAGCUUCCCAGGGAAUGUUUGUCGGUUGUUUUGUAGAUACUGCAACCGGAAUGGUAUCUUUCACUUGUGAAGGCAAAGAAACUAGUCAUAAAUUUAAAAUGGAGCCCGAUACAAAACUAUUUCCCGCGAUAUUCGUCGAAGCCACUAGUAAAGAAAUUCUUCAGAUUGAAUUAGGCCGAACAUCAACGACUCUUCCGCUCUCAGCAGCAGUUCUUCAGAAUUCUGAACGUCACGUGAUCCCGCAAUUCCCACCGCGAUUGAAAGUCCAGUGUCUGAAACCUCAUCAGUGGGCGCGAGUUCCCAAUCAAUCUCUUCAAGUUCAUGCUCUAAAACUUUCUGAUAUCAGAGGUUGGUCAAUGCUUUGUGAAGAUGCCAUUUCAAUGCUUGCUCUUCAUAUUCCCGAAGAGGAUAGAUGUAUUGAUAUACUAGAACUCAUCGAAAUGGACAAACUUCUGAGUUUCCAUGCUCAUACAUUAACUUUGUACGCUGCAUUGUGCUAUCAAUCAAACUAUCGAGCAGCCCACGCGCUUUGUCUUCAUGUCGAUCAAAAACAAUUGUUGUACGCGAUACGUGCUGAAUAUAUGUCAGGUCCACUACGUCAAGGAUUUUAUGACCUUCUUAUUGCUUUACAUCUUGAAUCACAUGCAACGACAAUGGAAAUUUGUAAAAAUGAAUACAUAAUUCCUUUAGGACAAGAAUUGAAAGAUCUUUAUGAAAAUGAAGAAAUGUGCCAUAGUCUAAGGUACUUGGAAACAGAAUCAGUACGACCGCAAAUGAAAAUGACUGAUAUCAGGUUUUUUCCUUCCAGUGAAAACCAAAACAUCGAGAACAUACGCAGCCUCUACAGUCCGUACUUCCCAUUGGAUAUUGUACGAGAUUACGUUAUGAUGGCACUAAACGAAGCGGUUGAAAUAAAUCAAGUGCACAAUCGCGAUCCUAUUGGUGGCAGCAACGAAAAUCUUUUUUUACCUUUAUUAAAACUUACCGAUCGACUAUUACUGGUUGGAAUGUUGAGGAAUGAAGAUAUUGAAAAACUUCUUAUUAUGAUUAAUCCAGAAACUUGGGAUCCAACUUUUGACAAAGAAGGAAAAGAUGAACAUAAAAAAGGAUUAUUGCAUAUGAAAAUGGCUGAAGGAGCAAAAUUACAGAUGUGUUACCUCCUGCAUCAUUUGUGUGACACUCAACUACGUCAUAGAGUUGAAUCAAUAAUCGCAUUCAGUCAUGAUUUCGUUGGAGAACUUCAAGCGGAUCAAUUGCGGCGUUACAUUGAUAUAAAACAAUCCGAUUUACCGUCAGCAGUUGCCGCUAAAAAAACCCGAGAAUAUCGUUGUCCACCACGUGAACAAAUGAACGCAAUAUUGAGUUUUAAAAAUUUAGAAGACGAUGAUCCGGAUAAUAUUCCAUGCGGAGAAGAAUUAAUUGCCAAGAUGAAUGAAUUUCACGGUAAACUUAUGUCAUACGUUUCACUUCAAGCAAUCGAAGAGUCUUCAGAUGCCGCAAAUGAAUCGGCAGAGCCUCCAAAACCGGAAGGCUGGAAAAAAGUUUUUAAUAUUAUUCCCUGGAAAUCACAGGCACUUAUGAUCAAAGAAGUUGAAGAGGAGCAAAAACCAGAAGAAGAACCUGUUAAAAAAACUCCUGAAGAAGUAUUCCGUAAGGUUUUGAUAUCGACUAUUGUCAGUUGGGCUGAAGAAACUCAAAUAGAAACUCCAAAACUUGUGCGUGAAAUGUUUAGUCUUCUUGUACGUCAGUAUGACACAGUAGGAGAAUUAAUAAGAGCCUUGGAAAAGACUUACGUGAUUAAUAGUAAAACAAAAGAUGAUGUUGCUGGUAUGUGGGUGGGUUUAGUUCAAAUUCGUGCAUUGCUGCCAGUUCAAAUGUCCCAAGAAGAGGAAGAAUUAGUACGAGAAAGAUUGUGGAAACUCGUUAAUAAUCACACAUUUUUCCAGCAUCCUGACUUAAUUCGCGUGCUACGUAUUCAUGAAAACGUUAUGGCUAUUAUGAUAAAUACACUGGGACGUCGAUCCCAAGCACAGUCAGAUGCACAAACUCAAGCGCAAAUUACUGAAGGCGAAACACCUUCUAAGGAAAAAGAUACCUCGCAUGAAAUGGUCGUCGCUUGUUGUAGAUUUUUGUGUUAUUUCUGCAGAACUUCGCGACAAAAUCAAAAAGCUAUGUUUGACCAUUUUAAUUUCUUACUUGAAAACAGUAAUAUUUUAUUGUCAAGACCUUCGCUGAGAGGUUCGACGCCUCUAGAUGUCGCUUACUCCUCAUUGAUGGAAAAUACUGAACUUGCGUUGGCUUUACGAGAACAUUAUUUGGAAAAAAUUGCUGUUUAUCUUUCACGUUGUGGUUUGCAAUCAAAUUCAGAGCUUGUGGAAAAAGGAUAUCCGGAUCUUGGAUGGGAUCCUGUUGAAGGCGAACGUUAUCUUGAUUUCUUACGUUUCUGCGUAUGGGUUAAUGGUGAAAGCGUUGAAGAAAAUGCAAAUUUAGUAAUUCGUUUACUGAUCCGACGUCCUGAGUGUCUUGGUCCGGCUUUACGUGGUGAAGGCGAAGGUCUUCUACAAGCGAUAAUCGAAGCAAAUAAAAUGUCCGAGCGUAUCGCAGACCGAAGAAAAGUCCAUGAUGAAGCCGAGGGUAACGCCAUCAUUGCGCAAUUUGAACACCCACUACCUGAGUCCGAUGACGAUGAAGACUAUAUUGAUACUGGAGCAGCUAUUUUGAACUUCUACUGUACACUUGUCGAUUUAUUGGGCCGUUGUGCACCAGAUUCAUCUGUCAUCGAACAAGGAAAAAAUGAAUCAUUGAGAGCACGAGCAAUCUUACGAUCUCUUGUUCCACUGGACGAUCUUCAAGGAGUAUUGUCUUUACGAUUUACUCUUUUGAAUCCAGCGGCUAAUCAGGAGAGACCGAAGAGUGACACUCCGUCAGGAUUAAUUCCAGGACAUAAACAAAGUAUCGUAUUAUUCCUAGAACGAGUUUACGGUAUAGAGACCAAAGAAUUAUUCUUCAAAAUACUCGAAGAAGCUUUUCUACCUGAUCUACGUGCUGCUACGAUGCUAGACAGGAACGAUGGUUAUGAAUCAGACAUGGCACUUGCAAUGAAUCGUUACAUUGGAAAUAGUAUUUUACCUUUAUUAAUUAAACACUCGAAAUUUUAUAAUGAAGCUGAUAAUUACGCUAGUUUACUUGACGCGACACUCCAUACUGUCUAUCGUCUCAGUAAAAAUAGAAUGCUGACUAAAGGACAACGUGAAGCUGUAUCUGAUUUUUUGGUCGCACUGACUAGCCAAAUGCAACCGAGUAUGCUGCUAAAACUUCUCCGCAAACUCACAGUUGACGUUUCUAAGCUAUCAGAGUAUACAACAGUUGCUUUGCGACUUCUUACAUUGCACUACGACCGCUGUGCAAAAUAUUACGGAUCUACUGGCGGCCAGGGUUCAAGUGACGAAGAAAAACGUUUGACGAUGGUGUUAUUCAGUAACAUUUUCGAUUCGUUGUCGAAAAUGGAUUACGAUCCUGAGCUUUUUGGUAAAGCGUUACCAUGUUUAACGGCGAUUGGCUGUGCAUUACCGCCUGAUUAUUCACUAUCAAAGAAUUAUGACGACGAGUGGUACAGCAGUAAAUCAGCCUCCACACAAUCCGCCGACGGACCUUAUAAUCCAGCACCGAUCAAUACGUCAAGUGUCGUCCUUAACAAUGACUUGAAUCAAAUUGUUCAAAAGUUUUCCGAACAUUAUCAUGACGCUUGGGCUAAUCGUAAACUUGAGAAUGGAUGGACGUACGGUGAAUCAUGGUCGGAUGUAAAUAAAACUCAUCCGAGAUUGAAACCCUACAAUAUGUUGAAUGAUUAUGAAAAGGAACGAUACAAAGAACCAGUUAGAGAAAGUUUGAAAGCUCUGCUUGCUAUUGGAUGGAGUGUCGAACAUGCUGAAGUUGAUGUUCCUUCAACAAAUCGUAGCUCUUUGAGACGAUCUUCCAAGAGUCAGAGUGAUGCAGCAAAUCCAUUUAAUUACAAUCCACAUCCAGUUGACAUGACAAAUCUAACAUUAAGCAGAGAAAUGCAAAAUAUGGCUGAAAGAUUAGCUGACAAUGCUCACGAUAUUUGGGCAAAGAAGAAGAAAGAAGAAUUAAUAACUUCUGGAGGAGGAAUCCAUCCACAAUUAGUACCUUACGAUUUACUUACUGACAAAGAAAAACGUAAAGACCGUGAACGUUCGCAAGAAUUUUUGAAAUAUCUUCAGUAUCAAGGUUAUAAACUUCACAAACCAAAUCGCGGAGGUGAGACUGAGGUUGCUGGAGCCGGAGCAGCAGUUGAACUUCGGUUCGCUUAUUCACUUCUUGAAAAAUUGAUCGCUUACUUGGACAAAGCCACCAUUAACAUGAAACUUUUGAAACCAUCUGACACUUACAGUAGACGUAACAGUUUCAAAACUUCAACCCGUGACAUUAAAUUUUUCAGUAAAGUUGUAUUGCCUUUGAUGGAAAAAUACUUUAGUACUCACAGAAAUUAUUUCAUUGCUGUUGCAACGGCGACAAAUAACGUCGGCGCAGCUUCAUUAAAAGAAAAAGAAAUGGUCGCUGCAUUGUUUUGUAAAUUAGCUAGUUUAUUACGAUCAAGACUUGCGGCAUUUGGCGCCGAUGUACGUAUUACUGUACGCUGUCUUCAAGUACUUGUUAAAGGAAUAGAUGCCAAAUCGUUGGUUAAAAAUUGUCCUGAAUUUAUAAGAACGUCUAUGCUAACAUUUUUCAAUAACACUGCUGAUGAUCUCGGUCACACGAUUUUAAAUCUUCAAGAAGGUAAAUACAGUCAUCUUCGUGGCACACAUUUGAAGACAUCAACGUCAUUGUUUUAUAUCAAUAGUGUUGUGUUACCAACACUUACUGCAAUGUUUGAUCAUCUUGCUGUUUGUGAAUAUGGCAGUGAUCUUUUACUUGAUCAAAUUCAAGUGGCGUCAUACAAAAUGUUAGCAUCACUCUAUACAUUAGGAACAGACUCAUCUUUAACCCACGAUCGGAAGUAUCUGAAGACUGAAAUUGAAAGAAAUAAACCAAAUCUAGGUUCAUGUCUCGGUGCAUUCUCAAGUUGUUUUCCCGUAGCGUUUCUUGAGCCGCAUCUUAAUAAACAUAAUCAAUUUUCUUUGCUAAAUCGUAUUGCUGAUAAUUCUCUCGAGGCACAAGACAUUAUGACGCGGAUGGACUCAAGUAUGCCGACAUUAGAAACAAUUUUAGCAGAAGUAGACCAAUUUGUCGAGUCAGAACUAACUUAUAUCGAUGCCCCACAUAUCGUUGAUGUCAUACUACCUCUACUGUGUUCUUAUCUACCAUUCUGGUGGGCUCAGGGUCCAGAUAAUGUCAAUCCCACCGAAGGUACUUAUGUCAGUAUGGUAACCAGUGACCACAUGAAUCAAUUAUUGAAAAAUGUAUUAAAAUUAAUUAAAAAAAAUAUUGGUAAUGAAAACGCCCCAUGGAUGACACGUAUUGCUGCUUAUACACAACAAAUAAUUAUAAAUUCCUCAGAGGAAUUAUUGAAAGAUCCAUUUUUACCGUUAGCGGAAAGAGUUAGAAAACGCACGGACAAUAUGUUUCACAAAGAAGAAUCAUUACGUGGUUUUAUUAAGUCAUCAACUGAUGAUACUUCUCAAGUUGAAGCGCAAAUACAAGAAGAUUGGCAAUUACUUGUACGUGACAUUUAUUCUUUCUAUCCGUUGUUAAUAAAAUAUGUUGAUCUUCAACGUAAUCAUUGGCUGAGAAAUAAUAUUUCUGAGGCUGAAGACUUGUACAAUCAUGUGGCGGCAAUUUUUAAUAUUUGGUCAAAGUCACAAUACUUUCUUAAAGAAGAACAGAAUUUUAUUUCUGCAAAUGAAAUUGAUAAUAUGGUACUUAUUAUGCCUACCGCUAUACGAAGAACUGCUACUGUUACUGAUGGAUCUGCUCCUGUUGGUGGCGGAAAGAAAAAGAAAAAGAAUCGUGAUAAAAAGCGUGAUAAGGAUAAAGAAGUCCAAGCAUCAUUAAUGGUAGCCUGUUUAAAACGUUUAUUACCAGUAGGACUUAAUUUAUUUGCCGGUCGUGAGCAAGAAUUAGUUCAACACUGCAAAGAUCGUUUUCUGAAAAAACUUCCCGAGACAGAUAUUGCAGAAUUUGCAAAAAUACAACUGACGUUACCAGAUAAAAUAGAUCCUGCAGACGAAAUGUCUUGGCAGCACUACUUGUACUCGAAACUGGGACAGAAGAAAGACAUAGUUGAAUCUGGUAAAACGCCACAAACUGAAGACGUUGUUAUGAGAAUCACCGACAUGGCCAAAGUUCUCUAUGGAUUGCAUAUGAUUGAUCAUCCUCAGCAGCAAGGCAAGAGUAGUUACAAAUCCGUGGUCUCUAUUCAACGGAAACGAGCGGUUAUCGCUUGUUUCCGUCAGAACCCCUUACAUUCCUUACCCAGACAUCGCGCUAUAAAUAUAUUUGCAAGAACUUAUUAUGAGCUGUGGCUUCAAGAUGAAAAUGUUGGACAGGAAAAAAUGAUUGAAGAUUUAACGCAAACUUUCGAAGACGCGGAACUUAAAAAAGUCGAUUCUGCGGAAGAUGAAGGAAAACCUGAUCCCUUAACCCAAUUGGUAACGACUUUCUGUCGUGGUGCAAUGACUGAACGUACUGGUGCACUGCAAGAAGAUUUUCUGUAUAUGAGUUACGCUCAGAUUAUUUCAAAAUCUUGUGGAGAAGAAGAAGAAGAGGGCGAGGAUGAAGAAGGUGGCGGUGGAGGUGGUGAAGAAGAUGGCAGAGCUGCAAUUCAUCCGACAAAUAAUCAAGUAUUGAGGCCAAUGUAUAAAUUAAUGGCGCAAGAAAUGGAAAAGCAAAAGUUACUGUUUCAUCAAGCACGACUUUCAAAUCGUGGGGUUGCGGAGAUGGUUCUUUUGCAUAUAUCAGCAUGUAAAGGAGUACCAAGUGAAAUGGUAAUGAAGACUCUAGAAUUAGGAAUAUCAAUUCUUCGCGGUGGUAAUAUUGAAAUACAGCGAGGAAUGUUGAAUCAUUUGAAAGAGAAAAAAGAUGUUGGUUUCUUUACAUCAAUCGCUGGAUUAAUGAACUCCUGCAGUGUGUUAGAUCUCGAUGCAUUUGAGAGAAACACAAAAGCUGAAGGUUUGGGUGUAGGAUCUGACGGUGCUGCUGGUGAAAAAAAUAUGCACGAUGCUGAAUUCACAUGCGCUUUGUUCAGAUUUAUUCAAUUGACUUGUGAAGGCCACAAUUUAGACUGGCAAAAUUAUUUAAGAACACAAGCAGGAAAUACGACAACAGUUAACGUUGUUAUAUGUACAGUAGAUUAUUUAUUGAGAUUACAAGAAUCAAUAAUGGAUUUCUAUUGGCAUUAUUCGAGUAAAGAAUUAAUUGAUCCUGCUGGAAAAGCAAAUUUUUUUAAAGCAAUCAGUGUCGCUAGUCAAGUAUUUAAUACACUUACGGAAGUUAUUCAAGGUCCUUGCGCUCAAAAUCAACAAGCACUUGCACACUCACGUUUAUGGGAUGCUGUCGGUGGUUUCCUAUUUUUAUUCUCUCAUAUGCAAGAUAAGUUAUCAAAGCAUUCAAGUCAAGUAGAUUUAUUAAAAGAGUUAUUGAAUUUACAAAAAGAUAUGAUUACUAUGAUGUUAUCUAUGCUUGAAGGAAAUGUUGUAAAUGGUACAAUUGGUAAACAGAUGGUAGAUACUUUAGUAGAAUCAGCGGGUAAUGUUGAAUUGAUCCUUAAGUACUUUGAUAUGUUUUUGAAACUUAAGGAUCUUAUUUCCUCGCCAAGUUUCCUUGAAGUUGAUCUUAAUAAAGACGGAUGGGUGUAUCCGAAAGAUUUUAAAGAGAAAAUGGAACAACAAAAAAGUUAUACACCGGAAGAGAUGGAAUUUUUAUUGGCAUGCUGUGAAACAAAUCAUGACGGUAAAAUAAAUUACGUGGCUUUUAUGGAUCGAUUCCACGAGCCAGCAAAAGAAAUUGGAUUUAACUUGGCGGUAUUGCUAACAAAUUUAUCGGAACAUAUGCCAAAUGAACCUCGUCUUGCACGUUUCCUCGAGACAGCUGGUUCAGUUCUAAAUUACUUUGAGCCAUUCCUCGGUAGAAUUGAAAUCUUGGGUGGUAAUAGAAAAAUAGAACGUGUUUACUUUGAAAUAAAGGAAUCAAAUAUUGAGCAGUGGGAAAAACCGCAAAUUAAAGAAUCGAAACGGUCGUAUUUCUACAGUACGGUUGUUGAAGCUGGCGACAAAGAAAAGCUUGAAACGUUUAUUAACUUUUGUGAGGAUGCUAUUUUUGAAAUGCAACAUGCAAGUGCACUUAUGGCCAUUGAGGAAAGUGGAGGAAUCGGUAAAGCACGUGAAUCAUCGUACACAUAUAUUACUGAUGAUGAUGAAGAGAAAAAUAAAGAUCCAAUUAGACGCGGUAUUCAAGCUUUCAAAGAUGGAGUUUCAUCUUUCUUUGCCAUGUUUUCAAUAACAAAUAUUAAAAAUAAAAUUGCUGAAAUGCAACAAAUGACGAUACCUGAACUAGUUAUUGGUUUCUUCAAAAUUAUAUUCUAUGCGUUUUAUUAUUCUGGAUUUGGUGUCGGUAUUGUUAUUAAUUACUUUUUGAAAUUCUUAUUGGCAUUAAUGCGUGGCCCACAUGUCGAAGAACCUGUUGUUGAAGUUAAGGAAGAAGAAGAAAAAUAUUCACGGCAUUUACCUACACUACCCCCUACACCUGAUGAAUCUAAUUUACAAGUACAAGCAUUUGGUAUGGAUAUAACUAAAGAAGAAGGUGGUCAAAUAAAAAUAGCAGCCCAUGAAUCGAAUCCCUCGUCUCUACAGUCUAGUAUAGACGAACCAGGUGAAAGUACUCCUGAAGAAGGAUUAGUUGAAAAUGCUAAUAAAGCUGAAGGAGAGACUGAAGGACCUGUUACUUUAGCUGAUCUUCUUGGCGGUGAACAAGCAAGAGCUCAAGCAGCAGCAACAGCUGAAGCAGCAGCAGCACAACAAGCAGCAAUGGCUGCAGUUGAAGCUGAAGCUAAACAAGAAAUCGUAGCCGAGCCAUCAACUGGUUAUACAUUUGACUUUUCAGCCUACACGCAUCGUAUUCUUUCUUGGUUGGCUAGAAAUUUCUACAAUCUUAAAAUUGUAGCCUUGAUUCUCGCCUUCUUGAUAAAUGUUACUCUCUUGUUCUAUCGAGUAUCGUCUCUGGUGGAUGAUGAAGAUGGCAGUGGAGAUUCGAUUGAUGACAUCUUGGAAGAAAUGUCCGGAGCCAGUGGUUCGGGAUCGGGUAGCGGUUUUGCAGAAGUAGCAAGUAGUGGAGAUGAUGAAAACGGAUUCGAAGAGGAUGAAGAUCCACUUGAAUAUGUUUCAGUACCAGAUGAUUAUUAUUAUAUGUCUCAUCUGAUGAGAAUAAUGGCCGGUUUACAUUCACUUGUAUCAUUAGCGAUGCUUGUUGCUUACUAUCAUCUCAAAGUGCCACUUGCUAUUUUCAAACGUGAGAAAGAAGUUGCUCGUAGAGUUGAAUUUGAUGGUUUGUAUAUUGCCGAAAGUCCAGAAGACUCAGAAUUGAAAGCACGUUGGGAUAAAAUUGUUAUAUCUGCCAAAACUUUCCCUGUUAACUAUUGGGAUAAAUUUGUUAAGAAAAAAGUUAGACAAAAGUACAGUGAGACCUAUGACUUUGAUAGUAUUAGUAACCUCUUGGGAAUGGAAAAAACUUCAUUUAGUCAACAGGAAGAAGAAGGAUCUGGAAUAAUUCAUUUCUUCUUCAGCAUUGAUUGGAGGUACCAGUUAUGGAAAGCAGGAGUUACAAUAACAGAUCAAUCUUUCUUGUACAGUUUGUGGUACUUUACAUUCUCAAUUCUCGGCAAUUAUAACAAUUUCUUUUUCGCUGCUCACUUACUGGAUGUCGCAGUUGGAUUUAAAACCUUAAGAACUAUUUUAGAGUCUGUUACACACAAUGGAAAACAAUUAGUAUUAACUGUUAUGCUGCUUACAAUUAUUGUGUACAUUUACACAGUUAUUGCCUUCAAUUUCUUCCGUAAAUUUUAUAUACAAGAAGAGGAUGAUGAAGUUGAUAAGAAAUGUCAUGACAUGCUGACGUGUUUCAUAUUUCAUCUUUAUAAAGGAGUAAGAGCUGGAGGUGGUAUUGGUGAUGAAAUUGGUGAACCUGAUGGAGAUGACUACGAAGUUUGGCGAAUUAUGUUUGAUAUUACAUUUUUCUUCUUUGUAAUUGUUAUUCUUUUGGCUAUCAUCCAAGGUUUGAUUAUUGAUGCAUUCGGAGAGCUUCGUGAUCAAUUGGAAAAUGUUAAAACAAAUAUGGAAAGUAAUUGUUUUAUAUGCGGAUUGGGUAAAGAAUAUUUUGAUACAGUACCACAUGGAUUUGACACACACGUUCAACAAGAACAUAAUUUAGCUAAUUACAUGUUCUUCCUCAUGCAUCUUAUUAAUAAACCGGACACAGAAUACACUGGUCAAGAGACCUACGUAUGGAAUAUGUAUCAACAAAGAAUGUGGGACUUUUUCCCAGUUGGUGACUGUUUCAGAAAACAAAACGAAGCGGGCGAAGAAGAAGUCAAGAAAAAAUAAUUAUAAGUGUUUUAUUUUUUUUUUCUAUUUAUAAAUAUUAAAUUU